UCCCGACGAAGAAAAAAUGCCAACGCUCCCGUUUCUCAUGCAACUGAGUCCAAUCGAAAGGUAAAGCUUUGUUGUUUUGUUUCUGUGUUUGAAUCCUUCAAUUAUGUGUUUGAAUCCUUCAAUUAUGGGUUUGAAUCCUUCACCAGAUUCUUAUAAGUUUGUGUUUCUUGUUCUGACUAUGGCAUGAAGUCAUUGUAUUUCAAAAGUUAAUGAAUUGUAAGUUGGAAUUUUCUUUGCUUAUUAUCUGAAAUUCUGUGAAGAGUUUAUCUGGAUGCUCUUGUUACAAAGCCACGGUAUGGACCAGAACACUGCAGAUGGCUGAAUACAGAACAAUAUCCUCUGUUUGAAGCCACGGUAUGGACCAGAUUGGUCUGGCCAUGUCUCCACCGAGCAACAACUCUCUAUGAGGACUGAAUUAUCAUCAGAGCUACACGUACUCAAAAUGUUCUCGAUACCUGGAUGGAGUGGCCUAUCGAAGCAAGAGUGACAUUACUUGGUGAUGUCUAUCCAUUGUCAGAAGAUGAACAGGAGUGGGCACAUAAGCAAUAUAUCGCAAAGCACCCGCACGGGCUUUCAGAGCAAUGGGGAAACUUCCACUAUUUUAGAAUGCAGAACAUAAGUGAUAUAUAUUUCAUUGGAGGGUUUGGAACGGUCGCAUGGGUUGAUGUCAAAGAGUAUGAGGCUUUACAGCCUGAUAAGAUAGCCAUCGAUGGUGGAGAGCACAACCUCAAGGAACUAAAUGCCAUCUUCUCAAAGCCGCUUAGAGAGCUACUGGCUUCUGAAUCAGAGGUAGACGAUGCCGCUCUCAUUUCUAUAGAUAGCAAAGGGAUAGAUGUACGGGUUCGUCAGGGUGUUGUUUGGUUCCUCUUUUUUGACUUUUUAGCUAAAGUUUUGUAGUUUGCUCUAUGUAUUUGGCCCUCCUUUUACAGAGUUACUAAAUGGGGGUAAACACGACAAUCUUGAAAUAACAGGUUGAAAUCCUGAGUUUAAUAAUAUGUAUUUCCAUUUGUGGAUUUGCAACGACUGCUACGUUGUGGAAUGCAGUUGCUUGUUGUGGUAGU